AUGUUUUGUGUAAGAAUCAUGAUUAGGUUAGUGUUGCUUUAUGGAAUACUUUUUAUUAAAAGUAUAGCUGGCUGGUCAGAUGAGCCUCACAUGAUAAUAAGUCAAAUUGCGUAUGAUAUUUUAACUCCUCAUCACCAGAGCAUUCUUGAUAGAAUUUUUGAGAAAAGUUAUGAUGACAAAUUGAGAAGUCCAAUAAAGGGUGCAGUAUGGCCAGAUGCUAUAAAACCAAUAGAUCCCAGAAGAGCUCCUUAUCAAUUCAGUGUUAGAAGAAAUGAAAUUUUAGAUAUUUUUAACGACUGGCAUUAUGUUAAGGAGCCAUAUAAUCCUACCGGUAUAUAUUUAAGUCCUUAUGAUAUGUAUGCACAUAAAGGAAAAAAUACUGCUUCUGGUAUAACAAAACAUAUCUAUAAAACUUUAGUAGGUGUUGGAAGAAGGAAUCUCACAGGAACAUAUUAUUCUUAUAAUUUUUAUUUAAGAUUUUUCAUUCAUGUAUUUGGUGAUAUUCAUCAACCAUUACAUACAAUAAACUUCUUUAAUUCACAUCUAACAAGUGGUGAUAAGGGAGGAAACCUUAUCACUGUAACUUUUGGAAAACUUGUAGGAAAUAUACAUUAUUUAUGUGACAAUGUUUUUAACUCAAGAAAAAAGAAAUGGUUUAAUUCUACUCCACAAGAUAUAAAGAAGUUAGCAGAUAAAUUAACGACAACUUAUCCACGUACUUUAUUUCCAAGACAGUUAAGAAUUCCAAGUGAUAAAGUAUCAUACAUAGAUGAAAUAGUAAGCGAAUCGCACCGUUUAGCCAUUGAUUAUGUUUAUAGACAAUUACCAGCCCCCAUUUUAACUAAAUGUAGGCAAUUUCCAAUCCCUAAACAUUUUAUAACCCAAUUAAAAAAGAUCUUGAACAAACAAAUUGCUAUAGCUGGUUAUAGAUUAGCAGAGUACUUAAAGGACAUACUUGACAACGUUCCCAGUGAUUUGUAA